AUGUUCAUUGUUCUUCUGUUCUCUGUCGCUCUAGCUUGCGGUCUCAAAGAUUCGGUGCGUCUCAAUAACUUAUUCACGUUGUUGAAUUGUGCAAUCAUGGUCAUAGUCAUCGUUGGUGGUUCAUUUCACAUCGAUUUCAAAAAUUGGUCACUACCGAAAGCGGAAGUGCCCAACUGGGCAGGAGAAGGCGGUUUUUGGCCUUACGGUCUGCAAGGAGCAUUGCAAGGGGCGGCCACUUGCUUCUACGGGUAUGUAGGGUUUGACUGUAUAGCUGCAUCUGGCGAAGAAGUGAAAAACCCUCAGAAGUCAUUACCGUUAGCCAUCGCAUUGUCACUCUUCAUCGUGUUCCUCGCCUAUUCCGGAGUGUCCGCCGUCCUCACGUUGAUGAUACCUUACUACGCACAGGACGCAAAUAUGCCAUUAAGUCAUGCGUUCGACGUUAUUGGAUGGACGCCUCUGAAAUGGAUCAUAGGAGUAGGAGCAGUUUUCGGGAUGUGUGCCUGCAUGUUCGGUUCAAUGUAUCCACUGCCGAGGAUUUUGUAUGCAAUGUCCAACGAUGGUCUGAUAUUCAAAAGUUUGGGGAAAGUACACCCAAGGUUCAAGACUCCAUUUUUUGGAACGAUAUUUGCAGGAAUCAUUACGGGUUUUUUUUCCGCUUUACUAAAUCUCCAACAACUAGUGGAUAUGAUGACAAUCGGCACUCUGCUUGUAUACGUCAUGGUCGCUGUUUGCGUACUGUACACAAGAUAUCAAGAACAGAGCGAUAUGGACUACGAUAUAUUGGCUGACGAAUACAUCGAAUCUACGGCAUUGGUCGCGAUAAAAGUACAACACACAAAGAAGCAAAUACUGAAACAAUUAUUCAACUUCCACAAAUUCGUGAGGGCAAACAGUCUGAGUAGUUAUGUAGCGUCUUUACAAACGACGUGUUUCACAAUUGUAUGUUUGCCUCUUGGUCUUUAUUUAAGUCAUUGGUACGAGCUAAACAGUACCCAUUGGAUCAUUGUACAGGUUCUUGUAGGUGUCAUGAUUUUACAACUUGUAUCCAUCGCUAUGCAACCGACGUCUAAAACACCAGUAGCAUUCAAAGUGCCACUUGUACCACUUACCCCGGCACUGAGUAUAUUUAUAAACAUUUAUUUAAUGUUCUUUUUCGACAUAUACACAUGGACGAAAUUCAUCAUUUGGAUGAUCAUUGGUUUUGCCAUUUAUUUUGGAUAUGGUAUCACACAUAGCAAGGAAAAUAAUCCAGAGAUAAAUAUUGUCAACAGUAGUCAGUCAAAAACGUCAUUAAACAUAGAUUGA